AUGCCUUUCGGCAUUAAAUCUGCGCAGGAAGUUUUCCAGAAGAGAAUUUCGCAGCAUCUUGAUGACCUCGAAGGUGUAGCCACUGAGAUUGAUGACAUACUCAUUUGGGGAUCUGAUGAACAAGAGCACGACGCACGAUUAGAAGCCACCUUACAACGAUGUGAAGAAAUAAACCUCACGUUAAAUAUAGACAAGUGCAAGUUCAAUGUGAAUGAAGUAUCGUAUUGUGGUCACAACUUCACGAAAGACGGUGUGAAACCUGACGAGUCGAAGAUUAAAGCAAUUCAAGAUAUGCCAACACCCUCGUCGAAGAAGGAGAUUGAAAGAUUACUUGGAACUGUAAAUUACUUAGCAAAAUUUGUACCUAACCUAGCAACGAUAACAGCGCCAAUCAGAGAACUGCUGAAGAAAGAUAUCGAGUUCUAUUGGUCGCACGAGCAGACAAAAGCUUUUGAUGAGAUUAAAGAAAUUCUUACCCAGCAACCAGUUCUAAAGUUUUUUGAUCCAACUAAACCGGUUAUAGUGCGUUGUGAUGCCUCGCAGAAUGGACUUGGUGCAGUUCUGAUCCAGGAAGAACAACCAAUUGCCUAUGCGUCUCGUUCUAUGACUGAAGCAGAAACCGGGUAUGCACAGAUUGAGAAAGAACUACUCUCUGUUUUAUUUGCUCUUGAAAGAUUCAAUUCGUACACCUAUGGCGUGAAAGUUCUUGUAGAAAAUGACCAUAAGCCACUUGAGAUCAUUUUAAAGAAAUCCUUACAUGAUGCUCCUCUCAGAUUGCAAAGGAUGUUGUUAAGAUUACAGAAAUAUGAUUUUACCUGCAAGCAUAAGCCGGGCAAGGAUCUUGUGGUAGCGGACACUCUAUUACGGGCACCACUUCCCACUACAGAUUCAGAGUUAGAGAAAGAAAUAUCUUGCUAUGUUCACAUGGUAAUGUUCAAUCUUCCUGCGACCGAUGACAUGAUGGCGAGACUCAGGAUGGCCACAGAAGAAGAUGAAUUACUACGGCAGCUUAAGAAGACCGUUUUGAGCGGGUGGCCAGAUACAAAACGAGAAACACCAGUCAAAAUUAAGGAGUAUUGGCAUUGUAGAGAGGAAAUCUCAGAGAUUGAUGAUAUUCUUUUGAAGAAUGAAAAGAUUAUCAUCCCAAGUUCCUUUCGACCAGAAAUGUUGGAAAAGAUUCAUGCUGGACACAUGGGAACCGAAAAAUGCAAGAAACGUGCACGGGAUGUUCUGUAUUGGCCAGGGAUGAAUUCACAGAUAGAAGAAAUGGUCUUGAAAUGUCCUAACUGUCUAGAAUAUCGACCAUCAAACCAGAAAGAGCCCAUGAUAGUUCAACCAACUCCCACGAUUCCAUGGGAUACUGUCGCCACUGAUUUGUUCUACUGGAACAAUUCAAACUAUCUAUUAGUUGUGGACUAUUUUUCACGUUAUUUUGAGAUUGCGAAGUUGCCAGAUAUUAAGAGCAGCACUUUGGUUACUUACAUGAAAUCUAUAUUCGCCAGACACGGGAUUCCUAGAGAAGUAAAGAGUGAUAAUGGUCCGCAGUACACAUCACAAGAAUUUGGAAAGUUUUCGCAAGAGUGA